GGUGCAGUGUGAAGAUUUAAGGUAUUCGCUUAGUUUUCGUAAUAUGGAUUUAUAUGCGAAGAAGACACAAAGAAAUUCGAUUAACAUGUGGCGAUAGUAUGCCCAGUCUGUACGCUUAGUGUGAGCUUGGGAUCACUCCCCGAGGGGAAGCCUCGCAGUCCGUGAAGCGGAGACCGGCCGACCGUCAGGAUGACGGCCACUCUGGAGGCGAGCUACCAGCCGCUGCAGCCCUUCGGGGCUGACCCGGCGGACACCGGUGACGAGACGCCCCAGGAGAGCGGAGUCAUGAUCCACGUCGUGCCCGAGAGUGGCCGCGCACGCUGGAACCACGUGGAGGACCUGGACGCGUUCUUCACGCGCAUGUACCACUACCACCAGAAGCACGGCUUCGCCUGCAUGAUGCUGCAGGAGCUGCUCGAGCUGGGCCAGUUCGUCUUCGUCGCCGGCUUCGCCACCUUCCUGCUGCACUGCGUAGACUACCCCGUGCUCUUCAGGGGCAAGAGCAACGCGACCAAGGUAUCGCUGCCGGACGCGGUCGUCGUGGGCGGGGAGUGCGUGGCGCAAGUCGCGCCCGUCACGUGGCUAUGCCUGUUCGUCGCGGGCGUCUUCUGGCUGCUGCGUGCCGUCAAGGUGGCCUACCACCUGGUCCAGUUCUGGGACAUCAAGGCCUUCUUCAACAGCGCCCUGCGCAUCCCCGAUUCGGAGCUGGACAACUUGACGUGGCACGAGGUCCAGCGGCGUGUGCGUGAGGUGCAGCGCGAGCAGCAGAUGUGCAUCCACAAGCAGGACCUCAGCGAGCUCGACAUCUACCACCGCAUUCUCAGGUUCAAGAACUACAUGGUGGCGAUGGUGAACAAGUCGGUGCUGCCGCUGCGGUGGCGCGUGCCCUUCCUGGGGGAGAUCGUCUUCCUGACGCGCGGACUCAAGUACAACAUCGAGCUUCUGCUCUUCUGGGGCCCGUGGGCGCCGUUCGAGAACAGCUGGCACCUGCGCGAGGACUACAAGAAGGCGGCGCGGCGGCAGGAGCUGGCGCGACAGCUCGCCACACACAUGCUGUGGGUCGGCGUCGCCAACUUCGCCCUCAUGCCCGUCAUCACUCUCUGGCAGAUCCUCUACUCCGUCUUCAACUACACGGAGAUGAUAAAGCGCGAGCCGGGCAGCCUGGGGACGCGGCGCUGGUCGCUGUUCGGCCGGCUCUACCUGCGCCACCUCAACGAGCUGGAGCACGAGCUCAACGCGCGGCUCAACCGCGCCUACCGGCCCGCCUCGCGCUACAUGGGCAGCUUCACCUCGCCACUGCUCACCGUUGUCGCCAAGAAUGUCUCCUUCAUGACGGGCGCCUUCCUGGCCGUGCUGCUGAUCCUCACAAUCUACGACGAGGAUGUCCUGACUGUGGAGCACGUCCUCACUGCCAUCACCGUGUUUGGUGGCAUCAUCGCCUGCUGCCGAUCGUUCAUCCCGGAUGAGAACUUGGUGUUCUGCCCCGAGAAGCUGAUGACAGCGGUGCUGGCCCACGCGCACUACCUGCCCGACAGCUGGCGCGGCCAGGCGCACACGGCGCGCGUCCGCGACGAGUUUGCCCAGCUCUUCCAGUACAAGGCGGUAUACGUACUGGAGGAACUGGCUUCGCCGCUGGUGACGCCGUUCGUCAUCAUCUUCCUGCUGCGGAGGCACGCACUCGACAUCGUCGACUUCCUGCGCAACUUCACCGUCGAGGUGGUUGGCGUCGGCGAUGUCUGCUCGUUUGCCCAGAUGGACGUCCGCCGGCACGGCAGUCCCGCCUGGCAGGCCGGCGCCCCCGACCCGGACGUCGGCGUGACCCCGGCUCGUGACCCCUACGCCCAGCUCCCACUGCACCGGCAGGCUGAGGAUGGGAAGACGGAGUUGUCGCUGGUGCACUUCACGCUGACGAACCCCGAGUGGCGGCCGCCGACGGCGGGGGCCCGCGGCUUCGUGGCGGCGCUGCGCGAGCGCGUUCUGCGCGACGUGGGGGCGGCCGGAGGAGUCGCGAGACCGGGCGGCGCCGUCCCCGCGACUGUCGCCCCCGACGCCGAAGGCCGGGUGUCGCCCGACACCGCGACGGCAGCCGCUUUGGGUCUGGGGCCGCACCGCCUGCCGGACCCCGCCUACGACUACUCGGAGUCGCUCGGCUCCAUCUCCGGGCUCGGACUGGGGCUGAACAGUGUGGUGGCGAGUGCGCUUCGCCACACCCUCGCCAAACCUGACCCUCUGCCGAGUCUGGUGCCCACGUUCGGAACACUGCCUUCGCAGCACCAGCUACAGCGGCAGCAGCAGCUGUCGACGUCGUCGCAGCAGACUUCGGCAAUGGCGUCAUCGCAGCCGCCGGCAAUGCGGGGCGGCCUUAACCGUGCCGAGGGUCCGCUGCUGCACCCGGACCGCGGCCUCUUGUACAGCCUGAACCAGCAGGGGCUGUCGAUGGGCGCGUCCGUGUUCGGCCCCGCGGGUGAGGCGGCGGCAGUGGCGGCCGCGGCUGCGGCCGUCGGUGGCGGCGGGGGCGGAGCGGCGGGCCCCGAAGACCUGCUUCUGCUGGCGCCGGGGGCGGAGGGCACGGCGGCCGACAUGAGCCUCAGCGCGCUCUACCUGCACGAGGUCCACCACCGCCUGGUGCACCAGGGAGGUCGACUAGAGGCGGCAGUCGGUGUCGGCGGUGGAGGUGGGGGACCGGCCUCCGGCACGGUGGGGGUGGGGGCCGGAGAAGGUUACCAGCAGAGCAGCGCGCCCGACCUCUGGACGACGCACUCCCCACGCAGCGUCGAGACCACCCCGCUGCUGGACCCGGGCAGUCGCGGGCACCUCCACGGCCACGGACCUCCUUCGUAGUACCGGGCACUGCAGGACGUGUAGACGGUCUUCCUCCGAGGCCUCGGAAGUCACAGAUUGCGGAGGUCCCGCCCUACGUGGCUGCAGGGCGUGCUCCACACCUCCGCCUCCCGCUUUGGUGCUGUCGGACGCACUGCCGCCGCGGUCUGCAGGUCGACGGCACCUCUCUGUCUGCUGCCCGACGGGUCGAACCGGUGGCAACUGGUGUGUGGGAGCCAAUUACAGAGUUGUGGUAGAAGUGGGGACAACCCGUGUUUGGAAACUUAAAAAACUGUAAAGCUUCGAGUGACAAUUUUUAUCCCGACUGCCAGCUUAUUUGCCCAUCCGUGUCUCGAGAAAAACUCUUCUCGUCUCACGGGUGACACAAAUAAUUAUUAUUUUCUUUUCUGUAGAUACACCCACAUAAACUGUGUACAGAUGUCGUUUCAAAGUUUUCCUCUCCAGCAAAUGCGUGUAAAAUUGUCUCGGUGUUCUGUCCGUAUCGCACAUUCGAGGUAGAGCUGGAGCUUCUGGAGAUAUUUGCUGUCUCCUCUCUUGGAAGCUGGAGAGACACUGAAUGGAGUAAAUCUUUCUCCCCUGUGCCCUCAAGUCAGGAUUACAGAAUGGAAGCAAUACAGGCUGAUCGCACCCAGUACUACAUCUUUCCUGUGAAACUUUCUACUUCUGACGUUCUGCGUACGGUCCGUGUCUAGUGCCACUGUAGCUGAUUUCCCUGUUAAAAUUAUUACUUCACAUCUGAAUUUGUAUCGGUCUGUUGUUGUAGACUUCCAGUAAGAUGAAGCACGAGAGGAGAUCUUUUGUUCCAUUGAGGAUAUGAAGAUCUUAUCUUGUGCUUCACCAUACUCUAUAACAAAAAAGGUUGUAGGAAUUUGGAUGUGACCCAGUAAAUUUAACAGAGACCUCAGUGAAAUGUGGUAUUGGGCACUAUAAACAGAGCAUCAUCAUCAGGUUUUCUGCCUAUUAACACGUUCCUGAAAGCAUUGCAGUCUCCAUAUGAUCCUGUUCCAGAGUAAGUGGUUUUGUAGUCUGAGACUUCCUCUUUCACUUCAUCAGGCAUUUUUAGCCUUCUCCUUUCUAUCUUCUCGUGUCCUUCUGCUGCACUUCUGAUAACUAUCGAGAGAAUGCCCUUUUCCUUGCAGUGUCGCCCCACCCAGUCUGCAUUACUUUUCUCAAUUGGGUUUAGUAGAGUUCUUUGUUCUUUUAGCCUUUCCAUUAAUUUACUGUUCCUCACUUCACACAUACAUUUUAUUUUCACUAUUCUCCUCCAAAUUCAUAUCAUGAAUGUUUCAGUUUUGUCUCUUUCAUUCUUCUUCAGUGUCCAGCUUUCCCCUAACACAAAAGAAAAGCUC